ACCUGCUGUGCAACCUGAGCCCUGUUGAAUGACAGGGACCCGUAGAUCAUGGGGUGCCUUAACAAUGCAGCUUGAGGUUCCCUGUGCUCAAGGGAACCUGUGAUAACCGAGAAGCGUGCUUAUCUGAGACACGCAUCGGCAAAGCCAGGCUUCUUGGAUGUGCUGGCCUGUGUAUUGAUGGCUAAAUAUUCUCCAAGUCCUGGUCAGUGGGCUUCCACUGUCAGCUCUGAUCUUUUCUUUUUUUAAUUUCAACCCCUUAUUACAUCUGGAGAAUGAGAACCGUAGACAGACAGUGUAAGAACAUGACUGCUUGUCCAGGUGAUGGGAGAGCAGUGGAGACUUUCAGAAUAUUGGCAGGUGCUACAUUACUAUCCCUUUGUUUAGGAGCAGUUUUUAGCUGAGGGAUCGGCUUACUUUCACUCAAAAGCAGUGCAACAGCACAGGCACGGUAGUUGGAAGAUGGCGCUGUGAAGUAACCUGCUGCUUGAAUCCAGUGCCUGGGAGCCUGGGCGAGGGGGUGUCCACUGUGGCCCUGAGGCGUGUCCGGCUGCAGAGCUGGACACAGGAGCAGGGCAGUCGGUGAGCGAACCGGCUCGGUAUGUCACAGCUGGGUUUGUGCAAUCACAGCCCCAUGGCACCGGGACUGGCAAUCCCUGAAACUCGCACACUCUCAUCCUCCUUGUACUUGUAACUCCAAAUUCCCUUCAAAUUAAACUCCACACGCGGCGAAAAUAGGGGGUAUCCUCUUUUUUAAAAGAGCCGAAAAACGAACCUCCCGCGCGAUGUACCUUAUGUAUUUUUCGAAUCGCUGCUUAAGGCGUUGUGCUUCAGUGUGUUGUUUAAUUAUAACCAGGAACUGACACCCACGCUUUACAGUAGGUUAAAAAAAAUGAGAGGCGUUGAGUACACCUAGGAUCGAGUCGCAACACAUCAUGGUCCUGGGAAACAAUAACGUGUUACCUCAUCUCCUGGGAAAAACAUAAAUUCACAGCUUCAGAUUCCGCCCCGCGGUGCUGUGAUGUGGGGCUUGUAGCUUUAACUGGGAGCCGGGGAGUCGCCGGGGGGGCGUGGCUUCCGCUCCCCGUGCCCGGUUUCCCGGUGACGUCACGAUACUGGGCCGUAUGGGUGAAACUGCAGGAAUGCGCGAGGUCUGUUUCCCAUUCUCCAGGCUGGCGCACGUUUCCCCCUCCUCCGAGAGGAAACGGACUGGGGGAGUUGAUCGCUUUUUUUUUUUUAAUUGCGAUUAGCCGUUUUGAUGACACUUGACAGAGGGUAGCGGUAGGGGAAUACACCGGGUCGCUGGGAUAAACGACUUCCUACUUUGUUUUUGUGGACUUUUAUUUUGGUUCCCAUUGGAUGCACGAGGCUCGGGGAUGGUGCGGGUGUCUCGGGGGGAUCCCGAAAGGAGAUCGAGUGGAUCGUGAGCACUGAGGUGGCAGCAGAACCCGUCAGCGAGACCGUGUCGGGAUUCCUGCUGGCCCCGGUCGCUCGGCGCGAUGGCCGUGCAGCGUCUCUGAGCUCCGCUCUGCGCCGGAGUUACUCUUGGAUCAGCUGUUGCUGGACCUGGAGCGCAAGCAGGAGAGGAGCUGCUCCUCAGGCUGUCCCCAGAUGAGCGGGCGCUGUGCUCGGUGUACGUGAUUUUUUCCGGAUCGCUUUUCCCCACCCUCGAAGUUCGCAGUCCAAAACUUUAACAUCUGGAUGGCUUUUUUUCCUCUUCUUUUAUGAGAGCCAGCAGCCUACUCCCUGUUUUAUUUUUUUUUGGGGGGGGUGGCGGCUCUGCUUCUUCCCUGAGCUGGUGUUUGUGACUGUGGUUUUUCGGAGAGCUGUAAUUUCCCCGUCGCCAGCGCAGGAGCGCGCUGCCAGCUGUGAGAGCCGGUCGAGCCCUCGCCGGACAGUCAACAACACGCUGGGCGGACGCUCUUCUGGAAGCCGUCUCAUGCCCGCCCGCAGCCAUGUUCAGUAAGAAGAAGAAGCAGCGCAUCCAGAUCUCGGCGCCCUCCAACUUCGAGCACCGCGUGCACACGGACUUCGACGAGCAGGAGCAGAGGUUUGUGGGCCUGCCGCGGCAAUGGCAGAGCCUGAUCGAGGAGUCUGCCCGCAGGCCCAAGCCCUUCAUCGAUGCCUCGGUCAUCACCACCGUCGAGCCGCGCAAGGUGAGGGACCCUCGCCCCUGGCCGGGCCAGUGCUGCUGGUCAGCUGAAGCUCCGAAGGGGCUGAAAAGCAGCGCUCAAGGGAGCAGAGACUUGAGCUGUUGGAUACUUCUGUCCAACCUGGGGUCAAUAUUGUUACGUUUGAUUUUUUUUUUCACGACAUUCGUGAUCCAGAUAUAUGCCAUCUGUGACUCUUCGGAGCCGGUGUCAGUGGUCGUUUCCAAAUCUGAGCGUAUGAUAUCGUUUGGGACACUGGAGGAAUUCUGGGUCUCAUGCCCGCCCGCAGCCAUGUUCAGUAAGAAGAAGAAGCAGCGCAUCCAGAUCUCGGCGCCCUCCAACUUCGAGCACCGCGUGCACACGGACUUCGACGAGCAGGAGCAGAGGUUUGUGGGCCUGCCGCGGCAAUGGCAGAGCCUGAUCGAGGAGUCUGCCCGCAGGCCCAAGCCCUUCAUCGAUGCCUCGGUCAUCACCACCGUCGAGCCGCGCAAGGCCUCCUCGGGGGGCGGGCAGGAGAACGGGGAGCCCCGGCCCAGACCCCCAGCGGACAGGCACGGAGAGGACCGGGAGAAGUACUGCGCGCCAGCUGAGAUCCACCUGUCUCCCAAAGAGCGGCCCAGGCAGGAGCAGCCAGGGACGGGCGAUUCUGGGCGGGACAGGCAGCACGGGGGACAGUCCCAGCGGCCCCCCCGCUCCCACCGCGAGGACGGCCGGCCCCAGCAGCAGCCCCGAGGGCAGGAGCCCAGCCGACCUCCGAGCUACGACCGCACGGGUCCGCCCCCUCCCCCCCCUCACCGGGACAGGGAGCCCCGAAACCACCAGGACCAGGUGGUGCGGAGGGAGGGCGCUGGGGACAAGAGGCCCAAAUCCAGCUACACGGGCCGGGACACUAGCCCCCAGUCCCCCAGGGACAAGCGGCCCCUCUCGGGCCCCAACAUCCGCACCCCCAACCUCCCCGUGACCGAUGGGGUGGCAAAGACUGUGCAGCAGACCAGCCGGCCCUUCAACACCUACCCCCGCACGGAGAGCGACUCCGGCCGGGGCACCAGCAGCCAGGAGCUGAAGCCCGGCCGCCCGCACGAGGCUCCCCCGCACAACGGCCCCACCGGCGGGGGCGGCAAACCGGGGUCCGGCGGGGGCAGGGAGCCCCAGCGCGUCUCCCACGAGCAGUUCCGCGCCGCGCUGCAGAUGGUCGUGGACCCCGGGGACCCCCGCACCUACCUGGACCACUACAUCAAGAUCGGGGAGGGCUCCACCGGCAUCGUCUGCAUCGCCACCGUCAAGAGCACGGGCAAGCUGGUGGCCGUGAAGAAGAUGGACCUGCGGAAGCAGCAGCGCCGGGAGCUGCUCUUCAACGAGGUGGUGAUCAUGAGGGACUAUCACCACGACAACGUGGUGGAGAUGUACAACAGCUACCUGGUGGGGGACGAGCUGUGGGUGGUCAUGGAGUUCCUGGAGGGCGGGGCCCUGACGGACAUCGUCACCCACACCAGGAUGAACGAGGAGCAGAUUGCCACCGUGUGCCUGUCUGUCCUGAAGGCGCUGUCUGUCCUGCACGCCCAGGGUGUCAUCCACAGGGACAUCAAGAGCGACUCCAUCCUCCUGACCCACGACGGCAGGGUGAAGCUGUCCGAUUUCGGGUUCUGUGCCCAGGUUUCUAAAGAAGUCCAGCGGCGCAAGUCCCUGGUGGGCACACCCUACUGGAUGGCUCCCGAGCUGAUCUCCAGACUGCCCUAUGGCCAGGAGGUGGAUAUCUGGUCCUUGGGGGUGAUGGUCAUUGAGAUGGUGGACGGGGAGCCCCCUUACUUCAACGAGCCCCCCCUCAAAGCCAUGAAGAUGAUCCGGGACAACAUGCCCCCCAAACUCAAAAACAUCCACAAGGUCUCCCCGGCCCUCAAGGGCUUCCUGGACCGCAUGUUGGUGCGGGACCCCGCCCAGAGGGCCGCCGCCAGCGAGCUGCUGAAGCACCCGUUCCUGAGCAAGGCCGGUCCGCCCUCCUGCAUCGUGCCCCUCAUGCGGCAGAACCGGAUGAGAUGAGGGCACCGCGCACGGACACGCCUGCCUGCUUGUCCCGUCAGAGUGUCCCCCCCUGCCUGGGGGAGACGCCCCAAGUCUCGACACUGACACUACAGACAGGCCGCCGCCCUGCUGCACGCCCUCAGGACUGGGCGUCCCUCCUCCCGGCUCCCCCCUUCACUACCGAGGAACCACGCAGGCCGCCAAGUGCAGAGGAGACAAGGAUGGGAGCAGCCUUGACCCCCUGAAGUAUCUCUGACUUUCUCACUGAUUUUGUAGGGCCGGGUUAGAUGUGUUUUUUAAAUUCUCCGCUGGCAGCAGCGGUCUGCCUCACACUACUACGGAGCUAUUUAUGACGGACCUUUGCGGCACACGGAGACCUGAGUCCGUGCUGCCGCUUCUCUGAGCUUGGACAAUUGCAACACGAAAAUGUUUUUUUCUUCUUCUUCUUCUGCUAAAAACAAAAAUCACAUCGCAUUGCGUUUUGUGCUGGCCUUCCACCACAAGAAAGGGCAACUGGAAACUUAUUAGAUUUUUUUCCCCCCAUUUGCCUGGUGAGAACUUAUUGGUGGUGAAGCAGGAUUUCGAGUCAUUCCCGACUGGGAGGGCACAGCAAAUCCAGGUCCUUUUCCCACCCCACUCUUCUUCCGGAAAACUGGAUACUUCCUCAUUUUUAAAAGAAAUUCUUUGCAACACUACUGUUCACUCAGAGGGAAAAACCACCAUCGAUACACAACAAGAUACUACUGAAGAAGGACCGCGAUUUGAUAUAUAUAUAUAAACUUUUAGAAAUAGUGUUUGUGUUAAGGACACUAAAGCAAAGAUCAACACUGGAAUUGUUUUGUUUUUUUAUAUGAAUAUUAUAAAUAUAUUAAAUUCUAUAUCGUUUUUGACUACAACGAUGGGCUGUUUUAAGCACUGUAGAGAGGCUACAGUUUUUUUAAGAGUGUCGCACUCAGAGUAGACAGUCUAGAAUAUUUUUAAUGACAUGACAGAAAACGUUUCCUUUCGAAUUGAUGCAUGUAGAUUUGUUUUGUGGUUUUCUUUCUAAGACGGGGGGGGGCAUUGAGAGGCUGGGAUUUAGCUCUUUCUCAUUGUUUUUUUUUAUCAUUGUAAUGUGUUGCUUUGGAUUUUCAACUAUUUCUUUAUUUCAUUGGGUUCUGAACGACUGGACUGCUGGGGUACAUUGAAACACACAAUGCUGGAGAAAGCAGAAGCCAGGGAAAGGGGGAGGGGGACUGUUUGAAUGUAAAUCUGAGCCGACUAUCACUGUUUCCUAAGAGUUACCAUUACUGAAUGCAGAUGCGAAUGUGUGUUGUUAACUUCUCACGUAUAACCACUCCAGGGGCCUGAAUUGCUUAGCUGAGUUGUGGGUCUCAGUCAGGCAGCCCAGAAAUGAAAUUUGAUUUCUGUCGUAGCAUUCAAAACUGGCAGGAGUUCACACUUUUUUUUUCCUCUUUCUUUACUCGUAAAAUUCACGGUGGGUGCUUUAGAGCAAGAUAACCUUGACUCCGUGCAGACAGCUUCAAUACAGAGUCAUGCACUCCUGUCUGCCAGUGCUGCUUCUGACCACAGGCGUGACCACGACGAGCCUCGGCGCUUCCCGAAAAGCGCUCAUGCUUUGGUAAAUUAGUUUGCUUUGGUGCAGAGGUGUGAAUUCAUGUUGUGUGGAGACGUAUUCCACUCCUACGCCGACGCAGCCACAGACAAUCUCAGGCCAGGCUCUCACGCGCUGAUCUCAAAUAAAGGCCAAAACUUCACACCAGGGCGCCCAACAAACAACUGGCACUACCACCUGUGCACCCGUGCUCCGUCGAUGGCUUGUGCACAGACACGCUCGCCAACGAGAGAAGGGGCGCGUGUUCCUGCACCGGCAGGCAUGGGUGCAGACCCACACGGACGUGCCCUGGUGGAGAUGCACACUGUGCACGCUCCCAUAGCUCUCUGGUCUCUCUUUGCGUGGAGUCCCAGGCAAUAAGCAAAGGCUCCACUAAGAAGAGGAGAACAGGGAAAUGACGCAAACCAGUCCAGCCUGAAAUGGAUCAGACUGCUGUGCACUGGGAGACUGAUCACCAGCUCGGCGCUCUUCACGAACACUACUUUCGACACGCACUAGAACACGCCAGCUGCUUUGUGCGUUAAGGGUCAGGGUGGCCCUUUCUGGCAACACUACAGACACUCGCUGUAUUCCUGACGUGCCACUGCUUCACUGAAGAGAGGAAGGAUCAUUGUUCUCCAGUUUUUCCUUUCCAGUAACUGUCAGUCGCCCUGAGAGGCUAUGACACUCAAACACUAUCGAAACUGCCUUUUAAAAGAAAAGACUUUUUAGAAGAAAGUAUUUUUUUUUCUAAAUGUAUGCUUGGGGAAAAAUGCCUUUUUUUUACUGUGCCAACUUUACUCUGAUUUGUUGCCUCAAGGUUCAAUUAGAAUUUUAUCUUCAAAUGCGUCUGUGGGGCUUAGGAAUUUAAUUACAGUAUUAGUAAUUUCAGACUUUGUUUUUUGGGGGCAAUGGGUAAAAGAAUUUCUAAAUGUGGACCCGUGGACUCCCAAGACCUUGUUUUUGUUAUACAGUUGUUACGCCUUUUCAGUCGAGCCGUUUAUUCCAGUAACCCCUGGGAAGGAAACCCCUGGAAACUACGUUGUUCAUGAUCCAAAAUUCAGACCUUCAUGAAAAUUGAGCAGUAUUUCAAUCAAACCUACGGGUGAAUGAGUCUCUGCUGCAGCACAAUGAAAACAUUCAGCACAUUCUAUUGUAACGCUUUCUCAGCUGGAUGAACAUGGACCUAUAAAACUACAUUCCCUCUGGUUGCUCACUCAAGGGACUAAUUAGCCGUGCAUCACUGUCCUGGUUUGUCUAGUUGGUGAGUGUUGGCACAUCUCAUCUUAUAGUUCUCAGCUCAACGCCUUGAGGUAAAAACUGUGAUUGGAUUGCUAAGAAGUGCUCCUUUUUUAAAAAGAUUUUUGUUGUUUGAGGUGGGGUGGUAAACCUCUUUAUUGGGAAGUGACCUUUAAAUUGUCUUAGUGGCAGACAUUGAAGGGUGUAUUCUGAAUUAACGGAAAUGGGUUUUGGAGUCGGGGUCCGUUUAUGUCCGACUCCUGACUGUUCUUGGGGAAAGAGAGACACUCAAAGAGCUGACAUUCUCCAUAGGCCAGUACUUCAUAGGCAGUCUUACCAUUGAGGCACAUGUGCUUUCUGCUGUGUCACCAGUAGAACUUUAUGGAGCUGACACUAACACUGCUGCUAGUGGCUGUAGCCCAGGCGGAAGCAUGGGGUGAUGCCACUGCGUUUGCAGCUGUGCCUGUUUUAAUGGAGCAGGUGGCUGUAUUUCAUAGUCAUAGUGGCAACUUGACAAAGUCCACUCAUUAGAAACACUUGCUCUGGAUUGGCAGUGGCCCUAUAGAUUCGCUAAGGUUAGCGGGGCUACUUUACUUGUGCACACAGAUCCAACAAAUUGGUGACUGCACAGCGAAGGAUAACUAGUUAGUAGAAUAUUUAAUUUAAAGGACAGAAAUGCUGAGCAAUGCCUUUUGACGUAUCUUGAAAAGAACUUUUCAGCAGCACUGGGAGCAUAGCCGUUGGUAGGAAUGCUUUUUAAAACUCUUUUUUCAAGCGAAGCAUGCAGUGUCACAAAUGCACGUGGUUAAAAAUCUGUCUUGUGUAGCUUUACUGUUGUUCCCUCCCCCCCCCAACCCCCCAGUUUGCAUUUUGCUGUCACUCUUGUCUGAUUUACAAAACUGCAGAUUGUUUACGAGAAACUGCAGAGGUCUGUGGGGCAAUAUCCAGGAACAGUGUGAGUGACAAUAACAACACCUUUUCAUGCCCACACAGAUAACUCCAGCCUUCCCCUUUGUCAUUGUUGGAGACGUGCCCAACAAUAUGAUACAUGAUGACAUUUAAUUCAUUGCCUGCCGUAGUUGAGUGACAUGCCUGAGGAACGAUAACAGAAUGAUUUGCAUAAGCCAAGAGCCUUGGUAUUGGGGAUUAUAUGUGUACCCGUCUUAAAGAUGCUCGUUUCAUCCGCGUUUUAGUUCUGGAACAAAACCUCACGUUGAGCCGUCUUCAUUUUCCAUCACACCUCAGGGCUGCAGGGGUCGACCAUCACAGCUCUCACACGCAGACAGUGACAACUACUGGGACAUGUUUAUGUCAAAUGGAACGUGGUGCAUUUGGAACUCUUUUGCAUUGUCUUCUUUCCCGGGCUCUAGUGCAGCAGUGUUGUGGAUUUUCAGACUGUGUGCGUGCUCGAGAGUGUGGGGUGUGUGCAUGUGAAAAGGGGUGGGGGGUGGGGGGACAUGUUUUAUUUGACCUUAAUGGUUCUUUCCUGAAUGAAUUUCCUCUGUUAUAGAUAAAAGGAAAAAAAUGAAGAAAAACCCUUUGCAUAAUGCAGAUUUUAAAUAGU